AUGUUAGCUCGUUAUGGUGUCUACCACUGCACUGCAUUUCCAUAUCACCCCCAGUCAAAUGGUCAAGCUGAAAUUUCAAACAGGGAGGUGAAAAGUAUCCUUGAAAAGACUAUGGAUAGUUCAAGAAAAAACUGGUCAAAGAAGUUGGAUGAUGCACUAUGGGCUUACAGAAUGGCAUUUAAAACGUCGAUAGGUAUGUCCCAAUAUUGCUUAGUUUUUUGGAAAGCUUGCCAUCUUCCAGUUGAGCUAAAGCACAGGGCAUAUUGGGCAAUGAAAAAGUUAAACUUGGAUUGGACUGCUGCUAGUGAAAAUAGAAUUUUUCAAUUGAAUGAACUUGAUGAAUUUCGUAACGAGGCAUACGAAAAUGCAAAAAUCUAUAAGGAGCGUACAAAAGCCUGGCAUGAGAAGAACCUAGUCAGAAGACAAUUUCAACCUGGACAGCAAGCACUUCUUUUUAAUUCACGGUUGAGGCUAUUUCCUGGCAAAUUGAAGUCCAGAUGGUCGGGCCUUUUUACUGUUGUGAAGGUAUUUCCAUAUGGCUCGGUGGAGGUGCAAGGAAAAAAUGGAGAGUCUUUCAAGGUGAAUGGUCAGUGGUUGAAGCCAUAUCUGGGCAGUAUGUUUGAUCAGGCGAAGUCAAUUCUUCUUUUGAAGCCUUUUUGA